AUGAAGCAAAAGGUGGUGAUUAGGGUGCCAAUGAAUGGCCAGAAGUCUCGUUCCAAGGCCAUGAAGAUCGUCGUUGGUGUCUCAGGGGUAGAGUCAGCAGCGUUACAGGGACAAGAAAAUAAUCAGAUAGCGGUGGUCGGAGAAAAUAUCGACCCGGUGGUGCUCGCCACGUUGCUGCGGAAGAACGUUGGCUCAGCGGACCUGGUUAGCGUUAGUGCGGUGGGUGGUGAAGAGAAGAAAGAGACCACCGAGAACAAGAAUGCGGCCACGGCGCAGCCUCCGGUUUGGUUCCAUUCCUACUAUCCUGCCGCUGUGCCCCAGUACCCAAUUUGUCACGCUGACCAACCUGCACCAUUUUGUGACUUCACAAGUUGGGUGUUGAUCAGAAGUGGUUGCAUAGAGAGUUCAUUUGUCGAUUCCCCGUCGACGAUGUCGAUGCCGGAGGCUGAGGCUCGGUACUACUGUUAUUUUUGGGAGUUCAUAGCUUGCUACUUAGUUCUACUUGGUGUUGUUGAAGUACGGUCUAAGCUACAACAUGGGCCACUACAUGGCCUAUACAUGGGCCACCCCUGA